AUGCAAAAAUUCGACAAUGCCUCCCUAUGGGAGACAAAAGUUGGCGCUGAUGUCCAUCUGGGCAUGGGUGUUGCAAAGUGGGAGCUCCACGAGGACGUCAUUGCCGGACAAAGUGGCCAAGUCGACUUGAUGAUGAGCCAGGCGAAGAAAGAGAAUGGCUUCAAAAAGAUCACGUUGAAGGAGCACUCCUACACAGUGCCGGCUCUGGAGACCACGCUCCAUUUUCUCUAUGUCGGAGACAAGGUCCCGUUUGUCAAAACCGAUGUUCUCGAACUUCUGGCAAUUUACGAUGUUUCGGCAUCACUCGAUAUUCCAACAUUAGGGAAUAUGGUGGCGUCUUGUGUCGGCAACCGGAUGGGAACCAUUCUCGCAACUCGGAUGGACCUUUUGGAUGAUGUUUUUACUGCGACUGAAAUCAUUAUCCGCGAAGAGAGCGAGUCUUGGAAGACAAUCAACCAAGAAUUGCAAAAGGCCUUUGCUCCUCAUCUCGACAUGCUAUUGCGACAGCAACAAUUCAGCAAGCUUUUGAAAGAGCAUCACCCGUUCUGCUUCCAAACUUUGGGAGCCGCUGUUGAAGAAAUAAAAAAGCUCAAAGUUGAUUUCACGAAAGUACAAUCAGAAAUUGAUUUGCUACUACCAGAAACACCCAAGACUUCCAUGGGUGUCGACAAGGGCUGUCCUCGAAGUAAUGAGCCUCCCUUCUUUUCGCCGCUGUUCAAAAAGGCCGAUGCCCAGUCGACUACUUUCGCCACCUCUUACUUCAGACAAGCGCUAGAUUCGAAGGCUUUCAACUUUCACUUCGAAGAAGACAGCUGUGCUUCUCGCAAACAUUCUCCCAAUAAGCAGAGGAUAGAAGCCUCGGUCAAUCCAUCCACGGAAGACGGCGGUCUAGCUUUUAAGAAAACAGACCAGACCAAAUGCUAUCAGUCAGGAACCCUUAUCGACAUAGAAUGCGAAAGCGAGGUCAGUUCAGCCGCUUUUGGUCGUGAAGGUUGCUCGCCAGCCUAUGAAUUCUACGGUACCAGACUUGAGCAGCCAGCCACAGUGCUGGUUGACACUUUCGAGUUCCAGUGCUCUCCCCCAAAGAAGGAUGAUUGCGUUGUGACGAACACCAUCAACGAGUUAGAACUGGGCUCAAAGGUCGACAACGCAUUGAACCAUGCUCAACCCCGUACCAUGCCCGACGAUCAGUCACAGCUAGAGCAUGAUUCAUCACCCCGCAUGGAUGCGGUUGUGGUCGGCUCGAAGACCGACAGUGAAAAUGCUCAGAAGCUUCCCAGCGCCGACAAUUCAAACGCACUUACUAUUGAGUGGCAUAUGGAGUUGGAUGUUCUGGGUCUGAUGCUGCAGGGGAGGUAG